AUUUUAUAAACUUGCUGUCCAAAAUCUAAUCCAUUUUUUGAUCUUGGUAAAUGCCAUGAGACAAAUGUUAAUGAUCAAAUCAAGGCAAAAAUUCAGUGUUUAUUAAUAGAAAUGCAGCGUAUCCUGUUUAUGAGACACCAGUAAGCGGAAUUAAACGGAAAGAAACUAAAACAUCUAUAAAUCGUACUUGAAAAAAUAGUAUAUGCAAAAAGUGACCAUUUUUAAAAGUCUUGAAAUAACAAAGUGAAACAUGAGUGAGCAUGAGGAUUUAGAGGACGGAGAAAUCGAAGACGGAGAGAUCGAAGAUGACGAGGAAGACGUUGCAGUUCAGCCGACUGCACAGCCCGAAACAGCCUUGACUGAACCAGUGGGCGUCGCUCAGCAGCAGCCACUAGAAGACUGGGAUGACGAUGGUAAACUACACGAUAAGAGCGAUAAGGUUGAAGGAGUAAAGAAGAUGCUGGAAGCGACAACCCGAAUGAUUGAUGAAGUAGCUCCACCUAAAAGCUUGAAGCGCAACAAACCGGCGCCUGUAGUUGAUGAUUGGGCGACCAGCGUAGAAAAUGCCAUAGCAAGUGCACUAAAAAAAGACGGCGUACAACCUCCUAUGCCAUCUAUCGCCAAUCGUUUUGACGACAAUGAAGGUGAAUCUCCAGCAAAACGUAAAAGAAGGGAUAAACAUAAGAAAAAAAAUAAUCCAGACAAAGUUGAAGAAAUAGAAGAAAUCGACCUUGAAUACGAAAUGAUGAAUGUUCGAGGAGGUAGCCCGAGGCCUACGCAUACCGCCGUUGGAGACAACAAUCCAGAACGAAGUGAUUCGGAUGGCAGUUACAGCACGGACGAGUCACGUGAUCGGGAACGUGGACGAGAUCGAGACCGAGAGCGACGUGAUCGGGAUCGAGAACGUGAUCGCGAAUACAAUAGACGAAAGCGUAAAAAUCGUCAGCGGAAUAGAGCCAAUCGAGAUAAUCGAAAACGAAAGAGGGAUGAUUCGGACGACGAAAAGCAUCACAAUCGGAGCAGUGGCCCCCGCAAGAUGGAAUUGUGCAAGUUCUACCUUAUGGACUGCUGUGCCAAACGAGAAAAGUGCUUGUACAUGCAUUCGGAUUUCCCCUGCAAAUAUUACUAUCUAGGCCUCAAGUGCAAAGAUAAAGAAAAAUGUCUAUUUAGUCACGGUGAGCCUUUAACAGAAGAAUUAAGGGCAAUCUUGCUGAAGCAUUUGGAAACAGCACCACAAGAAAUCCUUGGAGACUUCCCGCGAAUUAAUAGAGACAGCGCAAUCACCAUGGUUAAUGCAACUCAUCGAAAAUUACUGGAUAAAUACGGAAUGGCUGACAAGGCGAAUAAUGGAGAAGAUGGAACAACAAAAAUACCUUCCUUGCUAGAGAUGAUUGGUAUGAACGAUCGUGCGAAUGCAGGACAACACAAAAACCGUAAAUCUAGAUGGUGUGAAAAAGCAUCUGCGUUAGCAUCCUCAGGAAGUGGACAAGCUAUAGCAAAUGAAGAUUUUCUAAGUUUGAAAUAUUUAACAGGGGUUAUUUCGCAGGACCAGAUUGUUAAUCUGGAACAGAUGGGUAUUCAGACUCUGGACCAAAUAAAUCAAUUAACUGUAGCGCAGUUAAAUGAGCUUGGUUUAAGCAUUAACCAAAUCCAUGAGCUACAAUUAAACUCUCUUAAUAUGAAAAAAUUAAGAGAUAAUAUUACAAAGCAUGGAACUAAAACAGACGAGGCAGACCUUCCUGAAUCUGCCUCUGUGUCGUCGCUAACGCUUGGUAAAGAUCUAGAUAUGCGAAUAACACCCUCGCAUACAUCUUUGCCAGAGGAAUCAACCGAUAUUCACACACUAGGUGGAAAAGAUGUUGACAUGAGAUUUCUUCCGCUUGUCAAUACAGCUGCGCAGGAAGCAACUGAUGUAGACAAUUCCAACAGCCAAGAAGACAACCUAGAGCUCGUUUCCAAAUCCCUCAAUAGUUUGAUAAAGACGCCGACCGUAGACUACUCCCAAUACCUCAAAGAUUCCAAUCUAAAUGACGAUGACGAUAUGGAUAAUACAGAAAAUGCAGAUAAACUUUUAAUUGCUCAUGAAGACGAUGACGAUGACGAUGAUGAGAACAAUUUAAAAAUCAGCAUUGACGAUGAAGAACAAGAAGAAAAAAUCCCGAAUAUUAGUAGAAACUGGGACAACGAAGAAGAGCAACGUCCAAUGUAUCCUCAACCGGCAAAAUAUGAUGACAAAUCGGUCAGUCGUGCGACAAUUCAAAAAAUUGAUUACACUAAACCUUUUGGUAUGUACAAGUCAACGGACGAUGAGCCAGAAAAGACAAAUAACUCAAGUCAUUUAGAACGUUUUGAGAAUGAGACUGAAACGACAAAGAAGAAAAAUGACCCAAUAAUGCGGAGAUCAAUAUACGCUACGGGCAGUAGCAUCAUGACUGAUACUGGAGCAAAUUCUCCAUCAUCAUAUAAGCAAUCAGAUGUCGGCGUAAGCAGGUCACCCAUAAUAUCGGGGUGGACCCCAAAUAGUAGUGGCUCUACAGCUUCUACAUCUUCAAAAACUGUCCUUCAACACCAGUCUGUAAAAACAUCCCGACCAUCCAUCUACGACGACCCAGGCAAUAGUGACAACAGUGAUGGCAGUGAUUCGGAAUCGAAAACUUCAUCCAUGUAUGCUGACAGAGACAAAGAUAUGAGACUGAAUCUCCUUAACUUGGACGCCAAACCCGGCGAGGAUGGUAACUUGCUCAGUGAUGUGGAUCUACGAUUACCUUUCAAACCAAUCAUGACUAACUACAUCCCUGCAACUGAAAUUGAUGGGUCAAUUACUUCGCAUGCGCCAAUCGUUUACAAGGUUAGCGAGGUGGAUAUACCUAGCCCCAAUUACAAAGAUAUACGACGGAAUACACCCCGCCCGGAGCGAACCAAAGAUCCGCGGUUGCGAAGAAUAUUUGGCAUAUUUACAGAUGACGAAGCGGAAAAUUCUUCCAAGUGCGAUCCAUUCUUGCCAAGCAUACGAUCUCCACCGUCAGCGUCAUCUCGGACGCCGAUGUCGCCAACAGGCCCGAUAGUACCACGUGUAGAUCCACGGACCAAACGUAAUCAGGAGAACAAAACCCAAACACCAACCAAUGCACCCGGUCGACCAGCGAACUCUACGCAUUUAGAUGUACAAACUAUUUUGCAGCGAUCUGCCUGGUAUACGGAUCUCAGCUCAAAACAUAAGAUCAUGGUCAAUCAACAAUUGGCAAUCCUUACAACGGACAUGAAAAAAUACCAUAGUUCAGACAAAUCCACCGAAAAUCUGGCUGACUUUAUGCAGGUUUUAGCAGGAAAUCAAAUGCUGCAAUUCAUUUUAACCAAUCUAAAUGUCUAUGUCGAUGAUACGGUUGCAUUUUGCGAAGUACCGUUGGUUCCUCCAACGCAACCUCCACCACUAAUGUCCGUUCCUCCUCCAAGCAUUGCAAUGCCGCAGAUUGGGAUGUUGUCACAUGUAGGAUUACCACCUCCAAACGCGAAACCACCAUCGUUGUUCGAUCUUCCGCGGUUUAAUUGCCCGCCAGAAGUUCGACCCGGUUUACUUGGUGUAGUACCAAACAUGCCAUUCGAACAAUUUUUAGCAAUGGGACAAGUUAAUAAAAACAAUACUCCUCCCCCUCUGUUGGAAGAAUGGAACGAUGACUACGACGAUGGGCUUGGAGGCCUUGGGGGAAGUGGAUUCACUCCAAAUUAUGAAAGAAACUUUGGAAACGUGCGUAACAAUCUCAUAAGAAGCAAUAAUAGGCCUCCAGGGAACUCCUUCAGGGGAAAUGAUCGAUGGAACAACUCUGGAGGAGGGGGAAGUGGGAAUAAUCCUCACCGCCGUAACAACAAUAACCGGCGCAUGGAUAAGAAAAAAUGAAAAUAUAAAAAGGAACAAUGGAUACAUGUAGCUGUCAUACAUAGUACAGACUCAGGCAUAAUCUUUGUUUGCGUUAGGAAUUCCCCUUUUGGUCUUCCCAAAGUAACCAUGCGUUAAUUUCUAUAUACUUCGAGGCUUGGAUUAGGCUAUCGAAUUGCUUCCAGUAUUUCAGAGCCCCCUGAAAGUUUUUGAUCGAGGAAUCCGUUCCUAUGUACAUAAUUCACAAGUGUUUGAAUUUUUAGCAAUCGAAAUAAAAGUUACUCGUUUCCUGAACGUGAUGAGGAUGUAUAUACACUUGUAGUAAUAUAGCUUCAUAAAAUAAUAUACGUGCCCCAAUGAGUUUGCUUAUUUGGUUUUAGCUUUGCCCGCUUCAGCCAUAUGUGAAUGUAGAAUCAUAUUUCUAGGCGUUAAUGUCGAAAAGGGAGAUUCAAGCUUUAGAAUAUUAUUCAAAAGUAUUUAGCACUAAUACCUAUGUAGUCGAGCUAGCGUAGAAGGAUUAUUGUAACAUUUAGUUUUAGCAAGGUAAACCAGAGAGAUUAUCCCAAUAAGCAAAGAAUAUUUCCAAAAU